AUGGCCCCAUCCAACGAUGACGGGCACGGCUAUAUCCCGGGUUUUGAUCCAUUUACGGCGAAAGAGGGCCAUCCACAAAUGGUGACAAAGUAUCUGACUAAAGCCCUCACCAAGCUGACCAAGCCCAUUUCCGACGAAGCCACCAUUGUUCUGCGCCAGGUCAUGACUGAUGCAACCGGUAAUCCAAACCCCAGCCCUUUGACAAGAUUCUGCAACAUUUCUGAUGAUAACUAUUAG